GAGUUUUGGAACUACAGGGAAUUGGUUGAAGUUUGAAGGUGGAGAGGAGAAGAUUGGAUUUGAGGAAGAGGGUAUUAGGUAGAUAUGGGAUUCGGGCUUUGGUGGUUUUUAAAGCCUCCAUUGUGUAGAUUAUGGAACGGUCUCCCAGUUUCAGAACUGAACAACGAGCCGUAACGACCAUUGCCGUUAGUUUAUCCCAAAAGCAGAUAUUUUAUUUUCCUAAAAUUUUAUGUAACCAUUGCUGGCGUGUCAUUGUGGUACCCACCCAUCAUCUUCUUCAUCCUCCCGAAAACACCGACCGACCACAGAACACCCUCUUAAAAAAUCCCUCAAUAACCAAAGAAGCAUGCUUCACACCCUCUCCCUCUCCAUCCCAUCCCUCUCCUCCAACCGCAAGCCCAUAUCUUCUUCUCUCCCUGCAAAUCCUGUACCUCUCUACCUCAAGUUCCGUACUUCUCACCGCGAGAACCUCCGCUACCUCAAAGCCCUCCGCAUACUCCACCCCUCCACCAACAACACUAAGCUCCCCUCCCCAGACGCCGUCGAUCACAUUCUCGCCACCGUACAUUUCCUCAAGUCCAAGGGCUUCACCGACUCCGACUUCUCACGUCUCGUCCUUCUUUGCCCCCAGCUCUUCUCCACCACCUUCGAGCCAACCGACGUCACUCCAGUCUUCGACUUCUUGACCGCGGAGUUACCCGCUUCACCCGAAGACUCAUGUGGAUUGAUCCUCCGGUGCCCAAGCAUUCUCUUCUCCGACGUCGAGUUCUGUCUCCGCCCGACGCUCAAUUAUCUGAGGAAGUUGGGGGUACAGAACCUGAGCACGCCGAGUAAUCUGAACGCGCAUCUUUUGAACACGCGGGCGGAGAAGCUGCGCAAGAAGAUUGGCUUCCUGCGGAGCAUAGGGUUCUCGCACGAGGAGGCGGCUAAGGUAUGCGUUAGAUUGCCGGCGAUAUUUGGUUACAGCCUUGAUAAUAAUCUCUGGCCAAAGUACAAGUAUUUGGUGAAUGAGAUGGAGAGGAGUGUGGAGGAACUGAAGAAGUUCCCGCAGUACUUCGCGUUCAGUUUGGAGAAGCGGAUAGCGCCGAGGCAUUUGCACUUAAAAGAACGGAACGUUCGCCUUCCAUUGAAUAGAAUGUUGCUUUGGGGUGACCAAAAGUUCUAUGCCAAGUGGAAGUGAAAUUUGGCAAAACUUUGUUAUGCGACCUGAGGAAACUUUGAGACUCCUCCCAAUUGAAUUGUACCUUCGUACGGGGCCACAUUCAAGGAGCAAAAUCCUCUCAUAUCUCUUGCAAGGUGGUGGUAAUAUUUUCAAGACAUUGAAUUGAAAC